ACUCCACUGAACUUGAAACCACUUUAGACACAAAACAUGUCGCUUUUAGGGGCUUUUUGUCUGUUGAUGUAGCAUUGUAGUCUUUGUCAUCAGUUUGUGCUCAGCAAGACGAAUAUGGUGGUUUUGGUGACUGGGGCAAAUAGGUAAUGUGUAUUUGUUGUUUUCAUUACAAACCUCAGGUCUGGCAGCUUAGGUGUAGGAGAAGUAUAUUUUAGAAGACUCCCAGAUCUUUAACGAAAGUUUUCACAAGGCCUUAUUCUAAGUGUCCAAACUAUAUUGCUUGUAUUAAUUUUUAUUGGUUGGGCUUUCUGAGUCCUGGCUAAAACAAUAGUAUAUACUGUAUGUAAUCAUUUAAUUCGACCAAUUAAAGACAUGCCUGUCAGUGGUUAAGUUUUUUCAUAAUGGCAACAGUCACGUAUGCGUUUCUCUGCAGUGGCGUCGGCCUUGCACUGUGUGAGCGCCUCCUCUCACAGGACACAGAGCGUCUCCGGCUGUGUCUGGCCUGCAGGAACAUGCAUCGGGCCCAGGCAGCUCGCUCUGCUCUCCUCGCUGCCCACCCCACAGCCCAGGUGGACCUGCUGCAGAUGGACACCAGCAGCAUCUUCUCCGUCAUCAGAGCCGCACAGGAGGUCAGACUCAGGUAUGACCGGCUGGAUUACCUCUACCUGAAUGCAGGCAUCAUGCCAAACCCACAGUUUGAUAUGAAAGCCUUUUUUAAAGGCCUCUUCUCCAGCAAUGUUAUCACUAUGUUUGCCACCGCUGAAGGGAUUCUGACACAGAGGGAUGGUGUCACCCCUGACGGCCUGGGUGAAAUUUUUGCAACCAACCUGUUCGGCCACUUCCUUCUGGUCAGGGAGCUGGAGCCGAUGCUGUGCCACGCAGGCCGGACCUCCCAGCUGAUCUGGACCUCCUCUAGUAACGCUCAGCGCUCUGCUUUUAGCCUUGAAGACAUACAGCACCAGACGGGCACACAGCCUUACAGCUCCUCCAAAUACGCCUCAGACCUGCUCAGCCUGGCUCUCAACACACACUACAACCCACAGGGUUUGUACUCAUCUGUCAUCUGUCCUGGUUUUGUGAUGACCAAUCUGACCUACAGCAUCCUGCCCUCAUUCCCAGCCUUCCUCUGGACACUGCUUAUGCCCCUGUUUUGGCUUAUAAGAAUGUUCACCAACACUUUCACACUGACACCUUUUAAUGGUGCUGAAGCCUUGUUUUGGCUGUUUAAGCAGAAGCCUGAAUCACUGGACCCAUACGCCAAGUACCACAGCUUAACGUCAGGGCUAGGAAACAACUACACGCAACCACGUAAGAUGGAUAUUGAUUUGGGGACAUCGGAGUCUUUGUAUGAGAAGUUGCUGCAACUAGAAAGUGAAGUAAGAAGGAAAGUGGAGGAGAAAAAAAAAGAAGCGCAACAUGCCCACAGACAUCUUGCAGGAUCUGUAUCAUCUUGAUGCAAAUCAACAACUUGGAAAGACUAAAUCUUAGUUAGUCUUUAGUUAGUCUUCAUCUUAGUCAGAUGCUGCAGUAUUUUAAACUUGAUUUGUUUUUGCCAGAGAAAAUACCAGAAUUAUGCAUGUUUUUAAAAGCAAUAAAAUCAAGCUUUUCCUGUUCUGCGUGACCUCACUCUGCAAAUUAAAACAUUAAAUGAG